ACCCUUUGAACCUGAUCUCUCUGUUGAACACUAGGUGGCAGCACCGCCCCUCCGAUGUCUGCUCACUGUCAGAAAACCAUAGAAGGAAUUAGAGGAGGAAAAGAAACAGUUGGCUUUCUGUUCACAAACAAGGUUACACAUUCAUCUUAAAGAAAAACAUCAGGAGCUUUCAGCAGGACUAAGAUGAUUUCUUGUGUGACAGCCAGGUGGCCGAUUUCAUAAUGUUAGCUGUGAGGAACCCCAGUUUCAUAUUGGUAUGAGCUAAUGGAGGAAACUCUGCAGCAGAUCAUGGAGUUAGGGAACUUUUGUCCCCUUUCAAUCUGACAACUGUAAGGGACAUGGAAAAGGAAGAGAUGGAUGAUGAGGAGGUUUGUGACGGUGGUUUUGUCUCGGAGCAGCAGCAGGCUGGAGAGACUGAUGAGUGCACACAGGAGGAUAAUACGGUCCAUCUCAACUCUCAGGAAACUUCAGUUAUUGACCCUGGAACGGGUGACGUAGAGUCAUGUGAAUCCAUGGAGGCUAAAGAGGACGCAGAAGAGGUUUCAGAAGGGUUUGAACAAGAUUUGGAUCAUGAAAACCCACAGCUUAUCAAUCAAGAAGAAGAUGAAGCCGCAAAGGAGCAACAGAUGAACGGAGAGUCUGGCUGGAGGGCGCUGGGAGGCGGACGGAGGUGCAAGUUGAGGAGCGGCAGCUCUCUGUUCGAGCAGAGCUUUCAGAAAGGCAGCAUCCCGUCCAGCGGAAGUCGGCACAAGCAGACUCGCAGACGCAACCAUCACCACCAUCAGCAGAGUCGCAGUCGCAGGCGGACGGGAAAACAACUUUUCUUUGCUUUCAGAGAGAUGCUGUCAGACUCCCUGAGCGUCUGGUGCAUUUCCUGCGUCCACAUGCUGAUUGAGAUCAUUGUGACAUUAACUCACAACUGCGGAGUUGGAGUGGAAAUGGGGGUUUUGAAACUUUACAACUGCGGGAAGCAGAUUGUUGUUAAGAUCACCGAUCUGCCUGGAAUGAAAGCAGACUUUAGCCGGGUUUUGAAGCGGAUGAAAUGCGCUGGAGCAGACCUUUUGGACAAAACUAUGAGGACUCUUAAGUGGAUAAAGUCAGCCGUCUCCUCUUGUUUGAGACUUUUCUGCGCUUUAGUUAUUUUCAGCUUCCAGUGGGUGAAGGGGUUGCUGCUGCGUGUUGGUGGUGAGCGGGGUAAACGCUAUUGGAUGGCUUUUCUGGAGUCGCGGGUCUGGAAGAGGCUGGCGUCUGUGUUGGAGAGAGUCCGGAGCUGGUUCAGGAAGUAUCGCAACACUCCGUCAUCGCCCUCGUCGCCCAGCAGAGCCGCAAGAGGGGAGCCAAGUCAGGAACUGGAGCGACUGCUGGCGCUGGCCGAGGUGCCAGAGGGGGAGCUCGACCCCUUCACGGUGCUGGGCGUGGAGGUGCAUGCCACAGAGACGGAGCUGAAGAAGGCCUACAGACAGCUGGCUGUCCAGGUCCAUCCAGACAAAAACAAACAUCCGCGAGCCGGAGAGGCGUUCAAGGUUCUGAGGGCAGCCUGGGAUAUUGUCAGCAACCCUGAGACACGGCGAGAGUAUGAGCUGAAGCGCAUGGCAGCAACCGAGCUCUCAAAGUCCAUGAACGAGUUUCUCACCAAACUGCAGGAUGACCUGAAGGAAGCCAUGAACACCAUGAUGUGCACAAAGUGUGAAGGCAAGCACAAGCGGUUCGAGAUGGAUCGAGAUCCUGCUGAAGCCCGCUUCUGUGCUGAAUGCAGCCGUUGCCAUAGCGCCGAGGAGGGAGACCUGUGGGCCGAGUCCAGCAUGUUGGGUUUACGCAUCACGUACUUUGCUUGUAUGGAAGGAAAAGUGUAUGACAUUACAGGUGAACGGACGUUUUUAUCAGUUUAUUUCUGUCUAAACUCAAGACUAAGACGGACUUUCAAGAUUGUGCUUCUUCAUGAGAAAUACUUUGCUUCUACCUCGUAAACGUUUAUAAGAACG